AUGGAGCACCAACUGGAAUCGAUGCACCUGUCCUCCUCUUCUUCUGGAGUGAAAGAGGACGACGAAACGAAAAAGGGACGAGGAGAUACCGACGAUGGCGAUGGUAAAAACGCCGCGACGACGACGGUUUCGACGACGACGACGACGCCGAAUCCCAAAACCGAUUUGACGAACACGAAUGAAAUCGAUUCGAACUCGGAUGAAAACCAAGAGAGCGACGACGAGGACGAGGACGUGUUCGAAGACGCGACGACGCCUCCGGAUGAAGAUAAUAAUACUAAUAGUAACGGUAACGAUGAUAGCGCGAGGAGUAGUACGAGUGGUGGUGGAAACAACGCGUUGUUUGACAAUACUAAUACUAAUACGAGGAGUGGCUUAUACAACAAGGACGACGAAGAAGAAGACGAAGGAGAAAACGAAUCAGACGGUGAAAACGACUCGGAACGCAUGCGGGAGGAAGACUUUUCGGAACUCUUGCAAUACGUCAAAGUCGCGGUUGCGGACGAGAAUCCGCUGGAAAAGUACGAAAAGUUAGGAUCGACGUUGUGGCAACUGAGCAACGACGCUUUAGAGCAGUUGGCGAACAGAGAGGAGAUUGAGAGUCAGCAAGGAGAAGGAGGCGCGUCGUCGUCGGACGGCGGCGUGAGAUCGAUUUUUGGCAUCGUAAACGAAGAAGACGAAGAAGAAGAUGACGAAUUGAACGAGAGUAAAGAUGGGUUGAAUUUGCACGAUUUACCCAAGUGCGUUCAAUUGGCGGCGAAGGAGUUGUCGGUGUUUGCAAAAGCGUUGACGAUUGAUCCGGGGAUGGCGUAUAGACCGGGGAGUUCGAAAACGCGCGAGAUUAUUCCGGGAGAGACGACGAUGCGAGCGAUUGGGAGUCAUCGCGUUGGAGCAGCAGAGAUUAUUGCGAUGAUGCUACAGUUGGGAUGUUUGGAAAUUGAUGAGAAGAUGGCGCAUUUGAAAUUGGAGGAAACGAACGACGACAAGAAACCGAUGACUUUAGAAACGUUGGCGAUUAUGUUGUUCGAAUACCCGUGGUCGUCCGCGUUUCACGCGGCGGCAUCGAGAGCUAUUUUAGCCGCGUUAUCGAGUCCUCACGAAAAGCUUUGGAUACCGUUGGUCGUGUGCGCGAGAGAUGAAGGCUCGGGGGAUGUGUAUAAGAAUUCAUUGCCGACAAAGGUGGCGGAGACUAUGGACGAAGCUUUGCUGUGUGAACGCUUGAGCAAAAGAAAAGGAAACGUUGGAUCCGCGGUAGUGUUGGCGAACGCUUUGAGAGAGUUUGGGGAAGCCACGGAUGAAGAGCGGAGCGAGAUGCGAAGACAUUUGAAUAACAAUCCGAAAUGGUUGGAAGCGAAUAAAGACGGCGGGAGUUUGGAUCGUUUGAACGAGGAGCAAGUUGGCGGAUUGUGCGGUCCAAAACCGAGUCGUUCGCAAUUUUUAGAAACGAAUUUGGGAGGCGGAGGCAACGUGAUUAGCAGUCACGAGUUACUUCGCAUGCUCCAACAUAUUUCAUUAGGCGGCGGUGGAAACUAA